CCCAGUUCGGAGCAGAACAGUAGGACGUUUAACCCCAUUUCAUUUCAUUCUGUUCUAAAAAUCUCGAUUUUAGCUUGUGAACACUCUAGAGGUCAUAAUUUUCAUCCGAUUUUGAUGAAUCUUGAAAUGCAUGUUUAUAACCCAAAGAUCUUGGUUCCUUUUGAUAUUCGCGCAUAUCGGAUCGUAACUUCCUGCAUUAUGGCCCUUGAUUGUAGGAAAAUUGCGUUUUUAGCUUGUGGUCCCUCUAGAGGUAACAAUUUUGAUCCGAUUUAAACAAAAACGUUAUCACCAUUACACCGUAAUGUCGGUUGAGUUCGAAUUUCGUGAAAAUCGGACCAAAACUGUCGUACAAUAUGGCCGCCCUUCGUACGUAAAUAGUGUAAACAUAUGGUAUAUCAAGGUCGUGGACCCUCUAGAGGUAACAAUUUUGAUCCGAUUUUGAUGAAACUUGAAUUAUAUGUUUAUACAAUAUGGGAUUGUAACGUACAAAACAUCGCAUUUUUAGCUUAUGGUCACUCUAGAUGUCACAAUAUUUAUCAGAUUUAACAAACCGUUUGAAUAUAUCACCGUGACACCCUAAUGAUGAUUGAGUUUGAAUUUCAUGAAAAUCGGACUAAACCUGCUGGAGAAAAUGGCCGCCCCCCCGCAAAUAGUGUAAAUAUGGUAUAUCAAGAUUGUAUACCCUCUAGAGGCCACAAUUUUGAUCCUAUUUUGAUGGAACUUGAAAUACAUGUUUAUAACCGAAAGAUCUUGGUUUCUUUCGAUAUUCUCGCAUAUCGGAUUGUAACUUCCUGAAUUAUGGUCUUUUAUUGUAUGAAAAAUCGCGUUAUAAGCUUGUGGUCCAUCUAGAGGUCACAAUUUUUAUCCGAUUUAAAAAGCCGUUUGAAUAUAUCACUGUUACACCCUAAUAAUGGUUGAAUUCGAAUUUCGUGAAAAUCAGACCAAAACUACCGGACAAAAUGGCUGCCCAUAGUGUAAAUAUAUGGUAUAUCAAGGUUGUUGACACUCUGAUUUUGAUGAAACUUGAAAUGUAUGAUUAUGAUCCAAGAUCUUAGUUCCUGUCGAUAUUUGUGCAUAUCGGACAGUAACUUCCAGGAUUAUGGUCCCUGAUUUUACGAAAAAUCACGUUUUUAACUUGUGGACCCUCUAGAGGUCACAAUUUUUAUCUGAUUUUAUAAAACGUUUCAAUGUAUCAUCGUUACUCCCUAAUGACGGUUGUGUUCGAAUUUCGUGAAAAUCAGACGGAAACUGCCGGGCAAAAUGCUCGCUCCGUGUACACGAAUAGUGUAAAAGUAUGUAAUACCACGUUGUGGUCUCUUUAGAAGUCACAAUUAAUAUUUAUCCGAUUUUGAUGAAACUUACAAUAUAUAUUUAUAUCCCAAAUAUCUCAGUCCAUUUCGAUAUUCGCGAAUUUCAGACUAUAACCUCCUGGAUUAUGGCCCCUGAUUGUACGAAAAAUCCCUUUUUUAGCUUGUUCUCUACCCAUCGCUUGCAAAAUGUGGGCGUAUCUUGCCUGGCAACCGCUGGUUUAACUAUAUUUUCAAAUUUCAGGCGAUGGGUAUGCCCGGUAUGUUCUUUAUUUUGACGACCUGGGGUCCUCCAGAGGAAAAGGGUCGUUUGCUCAGUAUAAUAUUUUCUGGAAAUUUUUUUAGUAAUGUUUUAAUAUUUCCAAUAGCGGGGCUAUUAUGUAGUUAUGGAUUUGCCGGUGGAUGGCCUUCAAUAUUUUAUGUAUCAGGAAUCGCUAAUCUUAUUUGGUGUGUAUUCUGGUAUUUCAUCGUCUUCGAUUCUCCAUUGACACAUCCAAGUAUUCACCCAAAGGAAAAAGAAUACAUCAUAGCUAGUCUUAAUUUAACCGCGAAGUCAUCAGCAGAGCGGAAAUCACGAAAAGGAGCCCCAUGGCGCCAUAUAUUUACAUCAUUACCAGUUAUAUCCGUCAUAUGUGCCCAGUUUUCAAUGAACUGGGGGAUGUAUUUAAUAUUAUCAAGUCUACCUUUGUAUAUGAGAGAAAUACUCAAGUUCGAUGUGAAAUCUAAUGGUUUAUUUACGAUGCUGCCUUUCAUAUCAAUGUGGUUUGUAUUAUCUCUAUCUGGAAUGGCAUCUGAUUGGACAAGUAGACGGUUUGGUUUAGCUGUUGCUCGUAAAUCAGCCACCGUAGUCGGUCAAGUGAUUCCAGCUAUUUUAUAUAUAAUAGUUAGUUAUUUAGACUGUGAAUCAAUUCCUUUAGUUAUGGUGCUGCUGUGUAUUUCCAUUGGGCUGAUGGCUGCUAACUUUGUUGGUCCAAUAGUUAACUUCUUCGAUAUAGCUGGAGAACAUGUUGGCCAAGUAAUGACAUUAAGCAACACGAUUUCCAACAUUCCAGGGAUACUUACACCAUAUAUUGUAGCAGAAUUUACUAAAGACAAUACUAGAGAGCAGUGGCAACACGUGUUUUUUCUUACAGCUGGACUCAUGUGUUUUUGUAGUUUGGUGUUUGUUGUGUUCAGUAAAUUCACGCCGCAACAUUGGGCGGUAGAAAUAACAGUAGAACCAGAAGAGAAUGAAACAUUAAAUGAAUUAUGACAACUGUAAUGGACAUAAAUAUCUAUAUAUAUUCGUAUAAUUGUGAAUGCCUGAACGAAUGGUGUAAAUGAUAUAAUGCGUGUUUCAAUUAUCAGUUCAAUGUGAAUGUAAAAUAAAAAAAUGUAUUCAAUCAUAAAAUCUAGGAUCAAACAAAAUUUUUAUUCACCCAUUUUUAUACGCUGAACUUCCGGGCGUCCGUCUGUCUGUCCGUCCACAAUUUGUUUAUGGACACUCUUCAGGUCUCAAUUCGUAUCCGCUUUUGACAAAACUUGAAAUACAGGUUUAUCUCCAAAAGAUCUCAGUUCUUUUCGAUAUUGACAUGUAUCGGAUCGACACUUCAUGGAUUAUGGCCCCUGAUUGUACGAAAAAUCACUUUGUUAACUUGUUGACACUCUAGAGGUCACAAUUGAUUUGAUGAAACUUGAAAUGCAUGUUUAUAACCCAAAGAUCUUGGUUCCUUUCGAUAUUUGCGCAUAUCGAAUCGUAACUUCCUGAAUUAUGGCCCCUGAUUGUACGAAAAAUCGCUUUUUUAGCUACUGGUCCCUCUAGAGGUAACAGUUUUUAUCCGAUUUCAAAAACCGUUACCUAUAUUACCGUUACACCCCAAUGUCGGCUGAGUUCGAAUUACGUGAAAAUCGGACCAAAACUGCCGGACAAAAUGGCCGCCCCUCGUACGCAAAUAGUGUAUUUAUAUAUAUGGUAUAUGAAGGUUGUGGACCCUCUAGAGGCCACAGUUUUGAUCUAAUUUUGAUGAAAUUUUAAAUUUAUGUUUAUAUCACAAAGAUUUUGAUUCCAUUUGAUAAUCGCGCAUAUCCGAACGUAACUUUCUGGAUUAUGGCCCCUGAUUGUUCGAAAAAUCGCAUUUUUAGCUCGUGGACCCGCUAGAAGUCACAAUUUGUAUUCAAUUUUAAAAAGCGGUUAAACAUAUCACCGUUACAAAUCAGUGAAGGUUGAGUUCAAAUUUCGAAAAAAUCUGACUCAAACUGCCGGCCAUAAUGGCCGCUCCUUGUACGCAAAUAGUAUAAUAGUAUGUAAUACUAAGGUAGUCACAAUUUUUAUCCGAUUUUGAUGAAACUUAAAGGAGCUAAAUAGCUAAUAUUUGGGGCCUAGAUAUUGACAAGAAAUGGGUAGCAACGCAUAUAAUAAUGUAAUCUGAAUGUAUAUAAACUGAUUUACAUUCAUCGUUUCCAUUUUUAUUCUAAUUUCAAAUCAGUUAUGUUUCGGCGAGAUACACCAAAAGUCUCAAUUGAGUGGCAAUCUCUAGCGUCUGGUUAUUCCAGUCUAUUGCGCAUGCUCUCCAGAUAAGAAUAUUGCUUUUAGCUUCCAAUGAAAGCCAUAAAGGGGAAACGAGAGAGAACUUGGGUUUAACGUCCACUCAACACAAACUAGGUCAUUUCAGGACUAACAUAAUUAUGGUUCAAUUUUAUGUCAAUAAUUCACCUGCACGUAGGUUAUUUAGCAGUGGGAGGAAAUAGAUACAGGAGGGUACGUAAAUUAAUUACGGAAUUCUAUUCUUCCAUAGUAUGUGUGACUUGAUAAUUGCGACGGUCACUUACCACUAUAACGUCUGCAUGCACGUACAAAGCGUGAAUUUGGAGACUUCUGGCGACCUCGCUGGAAAAAUGAAAGUGUGUAUAUUUUCGAAAAAAUACUACAGAGCUUCAUACAGUUGCACCGGACUAGGAUAACGGUCUGGAAAGUUCUUUCACCAAAGAAUAACCAGUUUUAUUAACUAAAAUAAUUCAAGGACUUCCCCUUUAAUGAAGCUGGUUCUAUUUCGCUUCAUCUAUGAGAAGGCGCAAACAGAAUUUAUAACUAGUAUAUUUAAUCUCGUCUAGACAAAGAGAUUAGCAUUUAAUCGGCACGCUUUUUGGCCCCUCAUAUAUUAUGAAUCUGAAAUCAUAAUGAAUACUUAAAGGCACUAAACGCCAUUCGCAUUUUUGUGACAAUAUAUAAUAUUCCAUGGCUUAAUCCAGAGAAGAACCCAAAACAUGUUCAAAGGUAGGAUUU